AUGAGCACCAUAAGAUGCUGUGAGUCAAAGUGCGAACGUGAAGUUGAAUUUUCAUGCAACUGCACUUCACCAGCCACUUAUUUUUGCAAAGAACACGCAGUGAGCCAUUGCGGAUCUACCGACAAUCCUCAUAAUAUCAGCUCUUUUUUUGAAGAACCUGUUGAAAGCACAAAAGAAGCAAUCCUUGGCUUUCUUGCUGAAGAAAAGUCAAAAAUUGAUAAAAUGAGGGCAAAUAUAGUUUCUUCCUUUACUCAAACUCUUUUUAGUUAUGAAAAUGUUCUUGAACAAGCUUUAAAAGAAAUCGACUCUGAUUCUACAAAAAUUGGCAGCUAUGUAGAAAAAAUCUGGCAUGCCCAAAAAACAUCGAGAAUAGAAAAAGAUCAAGUUUUAAAUUUGCUAGCCUUGCAGCCAAGUAAAGCUGCUGAAGAAGUGAAAGAAAUUUUUACAGUUAUAUCAACUAAUAAAAUCGAGUUAUUCUGUGAAAUAGGAAGACAAAUUGACAGAGUUAUACAAAGCUUUCACGAAGAAAAGUCCAAAGUUUUUAUUCCAGAUGAAAUGCGUUUUAAAAUGAAAGACAUUCAUAUGAACUUUGAGAGUACAGUGAAGAAUUUACAGCCAGCAUUAAAUAAGUAUAAAGAAGGCAAUCUAAAAGAUGCACCUACAAACAUACGAGAUUUCAUAUAUAAUAAAAUGAAAAACGAGUUUCCAAUAAAGCAUUGCAACCCAAACUGUGCAGAUUGCUUUUCAAAUAAGGGAGAUGCUCUAUAUGAGUUAGGCAGAUCUGAAGAAGCUAUAGAAUGCUAUAAAGAAGCGAUCAGAGUUGAUCCAAAUACUACAUCUGCAUACAAUCAAAUAGGAAAUAUCUUCUUACUCCCCCCACUGAGCUAACACAAAAAAAUCUUGUUCGCUCACGGUAAUUUUUUUUUAAAAAUUUUUUUUUUCAAAUUAAAAAAAAUCCUUAUUCGCAAAAAUUGGAAAGUAAAUAUUUAUUUAAUUUGUAAAAUUUAUACUUAAAAACGUAAUUUGUUUAAAAUUAAACAGAAUUAGCUAGAGAUUUCAUUAUACUAAUUAUCACUAAUAUAUCAGAUUGUUUUUUCCAUAAAAAAUUUUUGUUCGCUCGCGGAGGGUAUUUUUUUGGGCAAAAAUAGGGAUUUUUCUAAUGGUUUUGUUCCCUCACCGGGGAGUUAAAUGAAAAGAGAUAUGAAGAAGUGGUAGAGCAUUAUAACGAUGCAAUUAGUAUCAAUCCAAACAAUGCAAGUUACUAUUCAAAUAAAGGGCAUGCUCUUAGAGAGUUAGGCAGAGGAGAAGAAGCUAUGAAAUGCUAUAAAAAAGCUAUCAGAGUUGAUCCAAAUUAUCCUGAUGCAUGAAAUGGUAUAGGAGUUAUCUUCUAUAAUGAAAAGAGCUAUGAAAAAGCACUGAAACAUUGCAACGAUGCAAUUAAAAUUAACCCAAACUGCGGAGAUUAUUAUUAUAAUAAAGGAAAUGCUCUUAGAGAGUUAGGCAGAAGAGAAGAAGCUAUUGAAUGCUAUAAAAAAGCUAUCAAAAUUGAUCCAACUCAUGCUGAUGCAUACAAUAGCAUAGGAAUAAUCUCCUAUAAUGAAAAGAGAUAUGAAGAAGCAGUACAACAGUUUUGCGAUGCAAUUUGAAACAACUCACACUGUGCAAAUUAUUAUUAUAAUAAAGGAAAUGCUCUUACUUCCCUAUGAUCAGUGAGCGAACAAAUCAUCAGAAAUUUCUAUUUUUUGCCUAAAACCCUUCUGUGUGCGAAGAAAAUUGUUUAAUAUAAAAAAUUGCUUAUAAAAAAAUUUGAUAUAUAAGCGAUAAUUAGCCUAUGGAAAUCUAUUGCUAAUUCUUUUUAAUUUUAAUAGCUUGCAUUUUAAAACAUAAACUUUACAUAUUAAAUAAAUAUUUAACUUCAAAAUUUUUGUGAAUUGGAGUUUUUUUAAAUUUCAAUAUAAUUUAUAUAGAAUGUUUUAACAAAAAAUUAACCCCUCUGAGAGCAAACAAAAUUGUUUUAUUUCGCUUACGAAGGAGGGUUAGAGGGUUAGACAAAAGAGAUCAAGCCAUGGAAAGCUAUGAAAAAACUAUCGAAAUUGAUCCUAAUCAUGAUAAGGCAUACAAUAGCAUAGGAGCUAUCUUAUCUAAUGAAAAGAGGUAUGAUGAAGCGGUAAUAUAUUACAACGAUGCAAUUAGAAUUAAUCCAAACUGUGCAGAUUAUUAUUCAAAUAAAGGAUAUGCUAUAUAUGAGUUAGGCUGAAGAAAAGAUGCUAUUGAAUGCUAUAAAGAAGCUAUCAGAGUUGAUCAAGAUUAUGCAGAUGCAUACAAUGGCAUAGGAGUCAUCUUUUUUAAUGAAAAAAGCUAUGGAGAAGCACUAAAAUAUUACAACGAUGCAAUUAGAAUCUUUUCUGAUUAAGUUUAUAACGUUUAACGUCCACUACGGGGUAGCUGUUUCCAGAGCUGCCACCAUAUUUGUCCACGUGCCGUGCCCAUGACAUCUGGAUCGAUCCACUUUGUUGUGCCAGGGCACGGGCAAAUACAGCAUUCCGGCUUCGACGGGCUGCGUUGCCUUGCUAUCCUUGACUCAGCUCCCAGCAUAUUCCGCCUAAGGGUCACCUUCCUCAGGUGUGCUAAGAGGUAAAACUUCGAGCCUCUUGAUGUACUUGGAGUGCCUCGGCUUAUCUGCCAGAGAUAAACUGCUAUUGCUGCACAGAAGUUCUCAGAAGAAAAUCUAACCGCAUAAAUAAAAUUUGCUUGAGGGAGAGGAAAUAAUUAGCGGGGCUAAUUUCGCUCGAAUCGAGUGCCAUUUUAUUUAUCAUGCAAUUAGAAUCAAUCCAAACAAUGCAAAUUAUUAUUUAAAUAAAGGAAAUGCUCUAGCUAAGUUAGACAGAAAAAUAGAAGCUAUGGAAUGCGGUAGAAUAGCUAAAAGAAUAGACCCAAAGUGCGAUGUGAAUUGCAUUUUAUUUUAG